UGGAUUUGAAACCGUCACCAGUAUUCUAGGUUCCACUUUUGAAGCGUUUGUAGACAGAAAUGGAGGCGGCGACGCUCAAUUCACCGCAGUUUACCACCCUUCACGGUCCGCUACGUUCACGGAGGUCUCUACUGAAGUUACACAGCAAUAGCAUUAGCUUCAAUUCUCCGGCAAAGUUCUCCGUUCGUGCCUCCGCCACUGGAGGCGGCGAUUCAGCUGUAACUCUGCUUGAUUAUGGUGCUGGUAAUGUUCAGAGUAUUAGAAAUGCAAUUCGGUAUCUAGGGCUCGAUAUCAAAGACGUUCAAACACCAGAGGACAUUUUAAAUGCUAAACGCCUUAUAUUUCCUGGGGUUGGAGCGUUUGCUGCAAUGAUGGAUGUGCUAAACCGAAAUGGGAUGGCUGAAGCACUUCACACAUACAUAGAGAAAGAUCGCCCAUUUUUAGGCAUUUGUCUUGGUCUGCAACUACUCUUUGAAUCAAGUGAAGAAAACGGUCCUGUGAAAGGUCUUGGUGUGAUUCCUGGGGUGGUUGGACGUUUCGAUUCCUCUAACGGUUGCAGAGUGCCUCAUAUCGGUUGGAAUUCAUUGAAAGUUAAUAAAGAUUCAGUUAUUUUAGAUGAUGUUGCAAAUUCCCAUGUAUAUUUUGUUCAUUCUUACCGUGCUGUCCCGUCAGAAGAAAACGAAGAGUGGAUUUCAUCCACUUGCAAUUACGGGAUUGAUUUCAUAUCAUCUAUUAGAAGGGGAAAUGUACACGCGGUUCAGUUUCACCCGGAGAAAAGUGGAGAUGUUGGUCUUUCAAUACUGCGGAAGUUCUUGUUACCAAAUUCUUCCAUAACUAAGAAGCCGUUGGAAGGGAAGGCUACAAAGCUCGCAAAGAGGGUAAUUGCUUGCCUUGAUGUGAGAACGAAUGAUAACGGUGAUCUUGUUGUUACUAAAGGAGACCAAUAUGACGUGAGAGAACAGACCAAAGAUAAUGAGGUGAGGAACCUGGGUAAACCAGUUGAACUUGCCGGACAGUAUUACAUAGAUGGAGCUGAUGAGGUUAGCUUUUUAAAUAUUACAGGGUUUCGUGAUUUUCCCCUGGGUGAUUUGCCAAUGUUGCAGAUCUUGAGGUACACGUCAGAGAAUGUUUUUGUACCACUAACAGUUGGUGGUGGUAUUCGAGAUUUCACCGAUGCAAAUGGCAGAUACUAUUCUAGUUUGGAAGUAGCUUCAGAAUAUUUCAGAUCUGGUGCAGAUAAGAUUUCUAUUGGAAGUGAUGCUGUUUAUGCUGCCGAAGAAUAUCUAAAAACAGGGAUAAAAACUGGAAAGAGCAGCUUAGAACAAAUAUCCAGAGUCUAUGGGAAUCAGGCAGUGGUAGUAAGCAUUGACCCUCGUAGACAAUAUUUGACCAGUCCUUAUGAGGUCGGAUUCAAAUCCGUUAAAGUAAGCAACUUAGGACCAAAUGGUGAAGAGUAUGCAUGGUAUCAGUGCACGGUGAAUGGUGGACGAGAGGGUCGACCAAUUGGUGCUUAUGAGCUGGCAAAAGCUGUUGAAGAAUUGGGAGCUGGGGAGAUACUGCUGAACUGUAUCGACUGUGAUGGUCAAGGACAGGGAUUUGAUAUCGAUUUGAUAAAGCUAAUUUCUGAUGCUGUGAGCAUUCCUGUAAUUGCGAGUAGUGGUGCUGGAAAAGCAGAACAUUUUUCGGAAGUUUUUUCAGAAACAAAUGCUUCUGCAGCUCUUGCUGCUGGCAUUUUUCAUAGGAAAGAGGUACCUAUCCAGUCUGUAAAAGACCAUCUAUUAAAGAAAGGAAUUGAAGUAAGGAUAUAGCUUCCAACCUAUCCGGUAAUAAAAUGAAGGCAAUGUUUCGAAUUCAUUUUUUUUACAACUUUAAUCGUAACUGUGAUCCUGUAUCCUGUAUCAAAUUUUCCUUCUGGAACCAAUAACUUUGACUUGAUUUCUGUUAGUUAUCGUACCGAAUUCAAACCUUCUAUUGAGCUCUUGAGCGAAUAAGUUUGACU